AUGGCCGACUUCUCGAUGUAUCAUAACCUAGGUGACGGCGCUGUGCCUGACGAUGAAAGAAUGAAAUCGCAAAUACGGACUGAACCUGCAGCUCCUCAGUUUGUUCCUCCGGUCGCACAGCCGCCAUCGGGAUACAUGCAGAGCGGAGGUGCUCCUCAGCAGACAUACCAGCACCCUCACGGUUUUACGCAAUCCUCCCCAUAUCUUCCAUCUUCGGGAGGCUACCCAUCACCCCAGGGAAAUGUUCAGUCUCCAGCUGAUAUGCAAUCAGGAAUGCACAAUUUAACUGCUCAGAUGGGUGGACUAGGAAUUGCUGGAGGAGGGCCACCAAGUUCCGCUGGUGGAACCACCAGGGCGCAUAAGAAGAAAGAUAGACAUGCGUAUCAUGAGUUUGGAACCCCGGCAGGAUCAUCCCAACCGUUUAACGGCAUGCCUCCCGGCUCUACCCAGCAACCAUCACAAUUUCUCAACCAACAAAACCCUCAGGUAGCGCCUCCACACGGUGGAUUCGGCUCUCCUCAGGUGCAGGAGCAAAGGAACUCCAGCGUUGUCAGAGAUGGUUCUGUACCAACUCAGGGCAGGGUUGACCCGGAACAGAUACCCAGCGUUCCACGGUCUCGCGAUGUCCCUGCUCAAUAUUACCUCGAACACACCUACCCAACUAUGGAACGGCACGUACCGCCGCCAUCCACAGUUCCAUUCGUUGCCCAUGAUCAAGGCAACUCGUCGCCAAAGUUUGCUCGACUGACCAUCAAUAAUAUCCCUUCUACCGCGGAGGCGCUUGCUUCAACCUCGCUCCCGUUAGGCCUAAUACUUCAACCCCUUGCUCCGCUCGAUGAGGCAGAACAACCAAUCCCUGUUUUGGACUUCGGAGAUUCUGGGCCCCCUCGGUGUCGAAGAUGCAGAGCUUACAUUAAUCCGUUUAUGACUUUUCGAUCUGGUGGAAAUAAGCUCAUUUGCAACAUGUGUACAUUUCCCAACGAAGUUGCUCCUGAGUACUAUGCACCACUUGACCCUUCAGGUGUACGUGUGGAUCGGAUACAUCGCCCAGAAUUGAUGCAGGGAACUGUUGAAUUUUUGGUCCCCAAGGAAUACUGGAAUAAAGAACCUGUGGGCUUGCGUUGGCUGUUCCUUCUGGAUGUUUCACAGGAGGCUGUAUCACGGGGAUUUUUAGAAGCAUGUUGUGAUGGCUUGUUAUCUGCUUUGUAUGGAGCAGAUAGCGAUGGAGAAGAACCUGAAAAUACAGAAGAUGGUGAAUCCAAACCCCGUAGGAAUCUACCAGAAGGAUCUAAGAUCGGAAUCAUAACUUUUGAUAAGGAGGUCCACUUUUACAAUCUGAGUCCGCAUUUAGAACAGGCACAAAUGAUUGUUAUGCCGGAUUUGCAGGACCCGUUCGUUCCUUUAAGCGAGGGAUUAUUUGCUGAUCCAUACGAGUCAAAGCAUGUCAUAUCCUCGCUCUUGACGCAAAUACCCACUCUAUUUUCGUUCAUCAAAUACCCAGAGCCAGCCCUCCUCCCCACGUUAAACUCCGCUUUAUGCGCCUUGGAGUCGACCGGAGGAAAGAUUGUUUGUUCGUUGAGCUCCCUUCCCACCUGGGGUCCUGGGCGUCUCUUUAUGAGAGAUCAAGGGAUGGGUCCCGGAACCGAUGCGGAAAGGAAGCUAUUUACUACUGAGCAUGUUGAGUGGAAGAAAACAGCUACAAAGGCAGCGGAGACUGGAGUUGGUGUAGAUUUCUUCGUAGCAGCAGGUGGUGGGACUUACAUGGACAUCGCAACGAUAGGACACGUAUCCGCUGUUGCUGGAGGAGAAAUGUUUUUCUACCCUAAUUUCCAUGCUCCUCGCGAUAUCCAGAAACUCUCCAAGGAAAUAUGUCAUUCCAUUACCCGAGAAACUGGUUAUCAGGCUCUUCUGAAAGUCCGUUGCUCAAAUGGCCUCCAAAUCUCGUCGUACCAUGGAAACUUCCUUCAGCAUACAUUUGCCUCAGACCUUGAAAUGGGAAGUAUUGAUGCAGAUAAAGCGUUCGGCAUCAUGUUCACUUAUGAUGGUAAACUUGAUCCUAAACUGGAUGCCCAUUUCCAGGCAGCCCUUCUCUAUACUGCUGGCAAUGGACAGCGACGUGUUAGGUGUAUAAACAUCGUAGCUGGCGUCAAUGAUGGUGGAAUGGAGACCAUGAAAUCUCUUGAUCAGGAUGCCAUUGUUUCCAUUCUUGCGAAAGAAGCUGCCUCCAAGGUUCCCGAAAAGGCCCUAUCAGAAAUCCGGGCUAGUUUAACAGAGAAGAGUAUUGACAUUCUAGCAAGCUACCGCAAAAACUUUUCAUUGUCACAUCCUCCUGGCCAACUGGUGUUGCCUGAAUAUAUUCAGGAGUUUUCAAUGUAUAUGCUGAGCUUGCUAAAGUCUCGUGCCUUUAAAGGAGGCCAUGAGCCCUCGGACCGUCGUAUCCAUGAUGUCCGAAUGCUUCGCUCCUUUGGAUGCCGAGAGCUUUCUCUCUACCUAUACCCACGGAUUAUUCCAAUCCACAACUUAGAUCCCAAGGAUGGGUUCUCUAACGAGCAUGGGCAGUUACAAGUGCCGCCAAGCCAGCGAGCAUCGUUCUCAAAAAUCGAAGACGGAGGGGUCUACAUUGUGGAAAAUGGACAAAUAUGUAUCCUCUGGAUUCACGCACUCGUGUCCCCUAACCUUCUCGAAGACCUCUUCGGCCCAGGCUACAACUCCCUUAAAUCUCUUGAUCCAAAUACGUCCACUAUCCCAGUUCUAGAAACACAACUCAACGCUCAGGUACGCAAUAUCCUGCAAUACCUAAGUACAGUCCGUGGCUCAAAGGCCAUGACUAUUCAACUGGCCAGACAAGGUAUUGAUGGGUCUGAAUAUGAAUUUGCGCGAAUGCUAUUGGAGGACAGAAACAAUGAGGCACAGAGUUAUGUUGAUUGGCUCGUUCAUCUGCACCGACAGAUCAACAUCGAACUCGGUGGCCAUCGUAAGAAAGAGGAUGGCUCUGUUGCAGGCGCUGUCGGUGCUGGGGUAGAAAGCACUCUGUCUGGAUUGGCCGGACUGCGGCCGCCCUACUGGUAG